CGCCCACCCUUCCCUGUGGUUGUUUAGCCGUUUAUGCACAGUUCUUGCAUUCAGGGACCUUCUGAAAGACUGAGUAGGAGCAAAAUGGCUUCCCAGCAGCUCUGUCUGAGGCUAACAGGGCUGGCUGCAUUACUGAUUCUAAUGAAUCUCAGAGAUGUAUCCAGUGACAGCCAAUUACACAAGAUCCUAAAGAAAAGAGAUGUUACAGGAGCUGGCGAGGCUCCAUCAAAGUCUUCUGUUGCAGUUCCUCCUUCCAAAGCCCAAGAAUUCCUGGCAAAGCUGAGCAGAACCAAGAGGAACAUUUGGGAUCGCAGCAGAUCAGAUGUCCAGCAGUGGAUCAUGCAGUUUAUGUACAUGGGAUUCGAUGAGCAGAGGCUGGAGACUGACCUGUCGUACUGGAGGGACUACGCACGCGCCAAUGACCAGGGUCGUCAGCAUCACUACGAUGAAAACGCCCCCAUUGGCCCACGUGACCCUUCUUCUCACAGACAUGGUGCAAAUGUCAACUAUGACUACUACUAACACCAGUCACAGCACACUUUGGAGGAUAUUGCAUUGAGUUACAGAAUAAUGUAAUGUGGUCGUCUUUCCUACCUGCCAAGCUCUCUAAGGGUUAUAGCUUUUUUAUCUAGACUGUUUUUAUACCAAUCAAUGUAAACAACUUCCACCUCUCCUUUUUCAACUUUGUAAUCAAGUAAGAAAAAAAGCGUCUUAACGCAGAAGUCUCAUUUAGUUUUGGCUCUGCUUCUGGUUGUAAAUAAAGAUGUAAGUCAGAACUGCC